AUGACGAAAAAAUGUUGUAUUCCUACAUGUAAAGUUGAAAGUGAUCAACCGGAAGGACGUGAUUUAACUUUUCAUACAGUUCCAAAUGAUAUGAGGGAAAAAUGGACUGAAUUUGGCUUAUGUAAAAAUAGAAGAUUGAAGAAAGGAUCAUGUCCUACAUUAUUUGGUGAUAAAUUGAAUACUCAAUUAGAUGACCAAUCUGGAGAAAUUCAAGCAACUGAUAAUCAUGACGAAGAUGAUUCGACGUUUAAUGUAUCAGUGGAAGCAUCAUCACCAUCCUCUUCAGUAAUAGAUUAUGACAUUACUGGAACGCAGAAAGUAAAUAAUACUGAUUUAAGUACUAGUGAAAAAUUUGAAAAUAAUAGUACGAAUACCAAAGAAAGAAAAUCAAUAUUACAUAUGGACUUGGAUUCUUUGAAUAUUUCUGGAGAAGCCAAAAAAAUUCUUGAGAAGGCAAAAGAAGAAGUACUUGGUCUUCGCAGGAGAAACCGUCAGCUACAGAUGAGGAUACCGCAGCAGGAAAGGAGUAAAGAGUGCUACAACCUUAUUUACUCACAUGAAGAAGCGUAA